AUGCCCCUGGGCGGAACCCCCCCUUCAGCGCCCGCCCCGCACCGUGUUGCCCCGGGCAAGAUGCCCCUGGGCGGAACCCCCUUCAGCGCCCGCCCCGCACCGUGUUGCCCCGGGCAAGAUGCCCCUGGGCGGAACCCCCCCUUCAGCGCCCGCCCCGCACCGUGUUGCCCCGGGCAAGAUGCCCCUGGGCGGAACCCCCCCUUCAGCGCCCGCCCCGCACCGUGUUGCCCCGGCUGUGUCUAUGGCGCGCAGCUCACCAUCUGCAUUGUUUGUGAUACCGGGGGCACGGGUCCAGCCAAUCAUCACUCUCCGAAAGUCCUGGAACGUAAUUUGACCACAAAAAAAAUAUAUUCCGGCAGCCAUUGUUUUGAUCAUACCUACCCGGAGUUGGUCCUCAAGGCCACACCCCAGGCAGUAAAAGUGGACGCUGACGGCCCCCCCUGCUUCUGGUGCUCAGGGCCCUCCUGUGAGGACGCCUUAACUCGCUACUCGUGCGCCUAUCCGGCCUUCACUGAGAUGGUCAGGUUCAACCGGAUGUACGACGAAGCUAAAGUCCUGUCCUUCCAGCCAGGCCAGGAGGACAAGGCCCUUGUUGGCAUCAGGAAGUACAAGUGGGACUCACUGCAGGACCUGGGUGCAGACAGGAUAAAAUAUGUCAGGAGCUUGAGGACGCAGACACCCCGUUAUCCUGGGAGUGCGAUGGCCGCCUUGAUUGACUACAUUCAGCGCAGAGACCAGGAGGGGGUAGCUGCUGUGGUCAGGCCCGCCGCAGCCAGUAACACCCGGCCCAAGAGUGCGGCUACGUAAGUGUAGGGGCCGGACCCUGAUUGGCUACGUAAGUGUAGGGGCCGGACCCUGAUUGGCUACGUAAGUGUAGGGGCCGGACCCUGAUUGUUACAUGUUAUUUGAACGAACACUUAAAAAAAAAAUCGCCUUUGGGGAACCGCCUGUUCAGAACUGGAGGCCACCAUGGACGGCUACAUGUCAGGUGUGGAGGUGGGUCCUUUUGUUUCCCAGCACUAUUUGUUUUUUUGUGCGUUACAACUCUGUGUUUGACUAAGAAAAUGAUGACUGAUUUGCUUGUCUUUUUAUUUGUUGAACUUUAAGAGUGUAUGACAAUAAAUCAAAAUGAAUUCAAGGGAGAAAGUGCUUGUAUUCCAUGUAUUUAUUUCACAGGGAAUGUCAUGUGUGAAGCAACCCAGCAUAAUGUCCCCUACAGUACAAGUUAAGAU